AGUAUCAGGAGUUGUCAGGCUCUGCUCUCUUUCCCUCUCCACUGGAAAGUGCCAGUUGUUUGGUUUCUAUAAGUUGCAAGAGUAACGAAAAUAUAACAAAUUCCACGUUCGUUUCUUACUUUUUGUUUCGGACUGAACAAGAAAAGUUUAUUUUCUUUCACCAAAAAAAAAGACAUAUAAAAAGCUCUCAGACAUCAGGUUGAAUGUACAACAUGAUGGAAACCGAUCUCAAACCGCCCGCCCCACAACAAACUUCGGGGGGAACGGGCAACUCCAACUCGGCGGGAAACAACGCGAAAAACAGUCCCGACAGGGUCAAGAGACCCAUGAACGCGUUUAUGGUCUGGUCCAGAGGACAGCGGCGGAAAAUGGCCCAAGAAAACCCCAAAAUGCACAACUCGGAGAUCAGCAAGAGGCUCGGGGCGGAGUGGAAACUUUUAUCCGAGGCCGAGAAGAGGCCGUUCAUCGACGAGGCGAAGCGGCUGCGAGCCCUGCACAUGAAGGAGCACCCGGAUUAUAAAUAUCGGCCCCGGAGGAAAACCAAGACCCUGAUGAAAAAGGACAAGUACACUCUGCCUGGCGGCCUGCUGGCGCCCGGCGCCAGUGCUAUGAACGCCGGGGUCGGAGUCGGAGUCGGCGCUGGAGUCAACCAGAGGAUGGACGGUUACGCGCACAUGAACGGCUGGACGAACGGAGGCUACAGCAUGAUGCAGGAGCAGCUCGGCUACUCUCAGCACCAGGGCCUGAACGCUCACAACGUGGCCCAGAUGCAGCAGAUGCACCGCUAUGAUAUGAGCGCGCUGCAAUACAACUCAAUGACCAGCGCUCAGACCUACAUGAACGGCUCGCCCACCUACAGCAUGUCCCCAGCCUACACGCAGCAAAGCACAGGUAUGGCUCUGGGAUCAAUGGGGUCGGUGGUUAAGUCAGAGUCGAGCACAAGCCCCCCAGUCACUACUCACUCUCGGGGUCCACCGUGUCAGGGGGACCUACGGGACAUGAUUAGCAUGUACCUGCCCGGAGCUGAGGUGCCCGAGCCCACCGCCCAGAGUAGACUGCAUAUGCCCCAACAUUACCAGAGCGCACCUGUCCCAGGGACGGGCAUAAACGGCACACUUCCUCUAACACAUAUGUAAAACUGUAAACAAACAAAACUCAAAAAUCGGACUUCUUUGGACUAUUUUUGUACAGAAUAAUACAUGCAGAAAGAACUUGUA